GCGGCGGCCUGGGAGCGGCGCGGCGGCGCGGGAGGCCCGGGAGAUGGGCGGUUGAGCGAAGCCGCGGAGCCCAACCGCAGCCGCCGGGUCUGGGAGGAAGCAGUACCCUGAAGAGGAAUUGAAGAAAAAGUCAAUUCUUAGUAUAGCAGAGAGAUGGAGAGCGACAAACAGAAUGUCACCCCAUCUCUGAUCUUCGCCAUUGCCAUUGCUACAAUCGGCUCUUUCCAGUUCGGCUAUAACACUGGAGUCAUCAAUGCUCCUGAGACGAUUAUAAAGGACUUUCUCAAUUACACUUUGGAAGAGAGGCUAGAAGACCUUCCGACAGAAGGGUUGCUCACAUCCCUCUGGUCCUUGUCUGUGGCCAUCUUCUCCGUUGGUGGUAUGAUUGGCUCCUUUUCCGUUGGACUCUUUGUCAACCGCUUUGGCAGACGCAAUUCAAUGCUUAUUGUGAACCUGUUGGCUCUCGCCGGUGGCUGCCUCAUGGGGUUCUCUAAAAUAGCUGAGUCAUUUGAAAUGCUGAUCCUGGGCCGCUUGGUUAUUGGCAUCUUCUGUGGACUCUGCACUGGUUUUGUGCCUAUGUACAUUGGAGAAGUCUCUCCUACUGCCCUACGGGGUGCCUUUGGCACUCUCAACCAGCUCGGCAUUGUCAUCGGGAUCCUGGUGGCCCAGAUCUUUGGUCUGGAAGUCAUCUUGGGGUCUGAAGAGCUAUGGCCCGUGCUAUUAGGCUUCACCAUCAUUCCAGCUAUCCUACAAAGCGCAGCCCUUCCAUUUUGCCCUGAAAGUCCUAGAUUCUUGCUCAUUAACAGAAAGGAAGAGGAGAGUGCUAAGGAGAUUCUCCAGCAGUUGUGGGGCACUGAGGAUGUGGCCCAGGACAUCCAGGAGAUGAAAGAUGAGAGUGACAGGAUGGCACAAGAAAAGCGAGUCACUGUGCUGGAGCUCUUUAGAGCACCCAACUACCGACAGCCCAUCAUCAUCUCCAUCGUGCUCCAGCUCUCUCAACAGCUCUCUGGAAUCAAUGCUGUAUUCUAUUACUCAACAGGAAUCUUCAAGGACGCAGGUGUUGAGGAGCCAAUCUAUGCCACCAUCGGUGCGGGUGUGGUUAACACUAUCUUCACUGUAGUUUCUCUGUUUCUGGUGGAAAGGGCAGGAAGAAGGACUCUACAUAUGAUAGGCCUUGGCGGGAUGGCUGUCUGUUCUCUCUUCAUGACUAUUUCUUUGUUAUUAAAGGAUACGUAUUCGUGGAUGAGCUUUGUCUGUAUUGGGGCUAUCUUGGUCUUCGUGGCCUUCUUUGAAAUUGGACCAGGCCCCAUCCCGUGGUUUAUUGUGGCUGAACUCUUCAGCCAGGGACCCCGCCCAGCUGCAAUGGCAGUGGCUGGUUGUUCCAACUGGACCUCCAACUUUUUAGUUGGGAUGCUCUUCCCAUCUGCUGCAGUCUUUUUUGGAGCCUAUGUUUUUAUUAUCUUCACUGGCUUCCUCGUUGUCUUCUUGAUCUUCACCUACUUCAAAGUCCCUGAGACCCGUGGCAGGACUUUUGAGGAUAUUACACGGGCCUUUGAAGGGCAGGUUGCAGAAAGAGCUGCGAAAACCUCCAACAUGGAAAUGAACAGCAUCCAGCCUUUUAAGGAGUCCCCCACCAAUGUCUAAGGCAUUCCUCCUUCCACCUCCCUCCCCACAUGGAAAAGCAACCUCUCCCUGACUGAGGGAGAGACCUCAUCGGAUGAACCCAGGACUGCUUCUGACUGCUGCUACUUGACUCCUUUCUCGUCCCGUACACUCCAUGGGCACUCAGAUGAACACUCCACGAGCACUCCAAAUGCUGGGGUUAGUUGGAUUCUCAAUGGCUUUGUAAAUGUUUCAUUUCUUGGACAUUCUCUUCUGUUUAGGAGAGACCAGGUGAACCUACCUUCAUUUCAGGAGGCAUUGGCCGCUUGGCAUAUGACAACUUAGCCAGCUCUUCCUCCCUUAGGUUCUAAUAUUGCCCCACAAGGGCUUAUGGGGAGGAAGAGUAAGGUGCAAUUCCCCCAACCUCAGACUUACCAGGAAGCAGAUGUACAUACGAGUGUGGAAGGCAGAGGGGGAUCAAAUAAGAGCACCUUCCUUCCUCACUUCUGUACAGCUCUGCACAGCAAGUUAACUUGAGUUUUAUUUAUUUUACCUUCUGGUUUUAUUGCAUAAAUAUUUAUUUUUCUAAGUGUAAAGUAAUUUUACCAAAUAAUGAAAACAUAAGGAAAUUGAGGUUAGAGGGAGGUGUUUAAAGAGAGGUUACAAAGAAGAUUCAAUGCUAGAGAGGUUAAGGUGCAAUAAGAAGGGAAGAAUUGAGGGAAAACUUGUAGCUCGAUAUUAGGGGCAUGUGAUGUGGUGCCUGAGUUUUGUAUGUUGCCCCUUAACAAUUUCUGUUCUUCAAAUGGGAACUCUUUUUUAAGUUUAAUUUCUCAGAAAAGUCGUGUGCCUGUAUUAAAAAAAAGCUACUAAUUUCCUUUGGAAAUUUUUUCUUUAAGAUUAUAGUUUAUACGUAGUAUUACUUGAAAUGUAGGAUUAACUAAGAUGGGCAUUGUAGUUAUUGGCGGUUGAGUUCUAAUUUUGAAUGGAGUCCAGAAAAGGGAAAGUUUGUUUCUCCCCACACUGGACCAAGCAACUCCUUCCCCUUGUUGUAGACUCAUAUAUUUUUUAAGUGAUCCCGCCACUCAUCUGGUGGGAGAGCACUUCAAAUGGGAAACUUUAAUUCUUGGUAGAGGUUCAGUAUUUCUCCAUUUUGUUCUUUAGAGAUUUUAGGUGUUUUUCUUUUGUUUUAAUCUGUAGUUUAAAAGGAAUUCAGAGGCAAAUGUGAUAGCUAACUUAGAAUUUGUAACCUCAGCUCUGGAAGAGGAUUUCUCCUGAACGAUUAUUAUCUAGUUUAAAUAUGUUUUUGCUUUAGGGUUAUGGCAUGCUUGUCUGUCUGUUACCAUGUUACUGUGGUACUAUGUCAAGUACCCUUUGGGGACUUGAAUCUUUCCAACAGAACACAGUGAAAUAGUAUGAGUCAAUGUGCAGUGUAGCCCACACUUGAGAGUAUGAAUGUAUGUGCACUGUCACUUUGCUCUGAGUGGAAGUAGUUUGUUGGUAAUUUGUUUCCUCUGAUCUUAUAGCCUCCUUUUGAACAGAGUAUAUUAAACUCACCCCCUCAUCCCUAGGUAUUUAAAUAACACUGCCUCUGCUGGGUGGAAUUUGUAUCCAGAACUUCAGAAUUCAGAAGCAUCUGGCUGCCUUUCCAGGCAAUGAGGGAAGAA